AUGUCUCAUACUAAGGGAAGAUUGACAAGUGGCGUGCUCGUUGCUAGUCUGUUAGUGUUGACAACCCUUCUUAUCGCAAGCCUUGCCAAUGCCACCGAGCGUCAUAGAUCAAACAGUGUGGAAUUCGAAGGUUUGAAGGCAAUCAACUUCUUUUUACCCAAUGCCACAGGAGUUGCUGAUGCCGACAUUGUUUCUUCAUUGAAAUCAGCAAUUUCUGGAGAGGAAGAAGUUGAAUUGGCCCAAGAGUAUUUAACAUUUGCAGCACAAGUGAAGGAUCUCUAUGAUCAAAUUACAGUCGACGAGAACACUUCUCAAGAAAUUUCCGACUUUAAGAAAGUCUUGUUGAAGAUUGUCAAAUACUUGACCAAGAAAUCGAGUCAUCCCAGAAUGGACUUGUUGAAGAAUCAACUCUCUCAAUACGUCCAACAACAAGAGCAACCUCAAGAAUCCACACCUCAAACUCCAAAUUCCGAAGCUGCUGAAACUGCGUCUCUUCUCCAAGAUCUUCAAGAGGAAGUCGAAGAGGCAGAUUCUGAAUGGGUCACUAUUGCUUUGCGUGUUGCUGGAACUGCCAUGAAUGUGGCCAAUAACAUUGGAACGUAUCAUGAAAAGAUUUCAAAGGUUGGAAAUUUCAUUAGCGGCAAAGCAGCUAACGCUUUGGAUCGUGUGGGAUUGAAGGGUGCUGCCAAUGUGGCUCGUAAAACAGGAACUUCGAUUUCAAACUUUUCCCGAGAUAAGAUUGCGCCUAUUGAGAAACGUGUGGCUCAAAAGAUUGCUCCUGUUGUGAAAUCAAAGCCAUUCCAAGCUGUGAGAAAAACCUUAAAUGUUGUCAACAAUGUCAUUGGUGGAGUGACUUCCAUUAAAGCAGGACUCAACGCUGUCGGUUUGGCCCGUAACGUUCGUCUACCAAGAAACUUUUCUGCACUCAAAUCCUCCUUGAAAACAGCCACUCGAUACGUCCGAAGUGGAAAUUGGCGUGAAAAGGCUCGCACCAUUGGACGUGCUGCCAAGACUGGUUAUAGAAAUUUCAAACGAGGCGAUUGGAAGACCAAGUACAAUGCUGUGAGUGGUUUUUGGAAUGGAGCUUCUAAUUUGAAGGCUGCUGUUACUGGAAAAUCAUUUGGUUUCUCAUUACCAGGUUUGCCAGGAAGAUGGGGACGUAAUAAUGAAAAUACGAGAGGAGGAAACUCGAGAAGUUCAUCAAGACGUGGAGGUAAUAACAGACGAGGAAAUUCAUCAAGACGUGGAGGUAACUCAUCAAGAAGAGGUGGUUCAAGAAGAAAUACCAACAGUAGAGGAAGUGGUAGUCGUCGAAGUUCUGCCAGAUCCGGAAAUUCAAGAAGAGGAGGAAAUAGAAGAGGAAACUCUAGAAGCUCUUCUCGUAGAAAUGCUUCCUCAAGAAGAUCCACAAGAGGAGGAAGAACAUCUUCGGGAACAAGAAGAGGAAACACCACACGCCGAUCUGCAUCCUCUCCAAGAAGAACCUCCUCUCGUAGAUCCAGUAGCGGAUCUAACAGAAGUAGUUCCAGAGGUGCUCGAAGAGGUGGAAGAAGAUAA